AUGAGACUAUCCCCGAGUAUCGCGGUCUUCACUCUCGUCACCUACGUGACUGCGCUUCCCUCCCUCCAGGUCAUCCCCCGAGGCGAGCCGCAGUUGCCGCUUCUCGAUUCUUCGAUGACAAUCAAAGAAGCUGCACGCAAAUGUGGAGAUGAGGCGCAGCUCUCGUGCUGUGGUCGGGUCGUCAAAGCUGGGGAUCGUACCUCAGUCGACGAGGGGAUCGGCGCUGGACUUCUGAGCAACCUCGCCGGCGGUGGUUCAGGAAUAAGCAGCAUUCUGGCUUUUGAUCAAUGCUCCAAGUUGGAUGCACAAAUCGCUGUGCUUAUUGUACCUGUCCAGGAUCUGCUGAACCAGCACUGCAAGCAGAACGUGGCUUGUUGUCAGAAAAAUCCCGGCGAUUCGUCUUCAUCUGGUAUCGCUGCCAGUCUGCCGUGCAUUGCUUUGGGAUCCAUCGCGUAA